AUGACUGAACAAUAGAACUUAAAUGAAGAUACUAAUAGGAAUCUGGGAUAAGCUACUGCUAAAGUUGUUCCGAGAGGUUCAAAGGAGAUCUCCAAUAUUUUUGGGGAUCGAAGGUCUUCAUAUAAUAUUGAAGGUUACGAUCGCGUUAUUGCAGAUGAGUAAAUUUGAACAUCCUAUGAAAGAAUUACUGAUUAGCAACAUCAGGGAAUCCCUUUGAUAGAUAAGGCAGUAAUUGCAUUAGUUUUGAUAUUCACUCUACUGGUCUUCAUCAAUUUCUCAUUCACAUGUAAAAUCUUGUUGAAAAAAUAGCAAACGAUGCUAAGGAGGAUCCAGACAUAGACAAGACAUUAUUUGUGACUAAAAUUAUAGAACUGGUCAUACUAAUUCUAUUUGUUUUGGAAAUAUCAAUCAGAUGCUUUUAAAAUGGUUUUAUUGUAUUAUAUUGUUCCGUGAUCAUAGACAUAUUUUUCAGAUUGUUGGUCCUUUUUUGAUGCCUUGAUAAUCGUUGCAUCCAUAGUCUUAAUAGUUUUGGAUCUGAAUCUACAAGGCGAUGCAUUCACAACUAUCAGUAAAGUGUUGAGAGGUAUCUUCAGAUUCUUGAGAUUGUUUUUGGUGUUUAGAAAGGUAAUAGUCUUAACUAACAAACAAUAGUAUAAUCAAGUGAAAAAGAUCAAUAAUUCUGGGUCAAGAUACACUGUAAGAUCGCCAGUUGAAAAAGUGAUAGAGAUAAUGCGUGAUCUGGCAGACUAGUUUGAAGAUCCAGACAUAAUCAAGUAGUUAAAUUGGGGAAUCACUCAUAUUUCCAAUAAUACUGUUUAUGAACCAAUUAUCGAGGGGAGGAAAAGUGAAGCACUGGGUUGGUUGAAUCAGCCUCAAAAUUAAUAGAUGAUGGUAUCUUAGGAAUCAAAGAGAUCAAGUUCAAUAGAGAUUAUCUUUUCGAAUGAUACAAAGUUGCCGGAAUAAUUAAGACAAGACUUCGCAUAGAACAUCCUCAAUUUGGAUUAUGAUUACUUUUCUCUAUUUGAAAAAUAUGAUAGUGCCAUCCUAACUCAUUUGAUGUGCUAUUAUUUUGAGAAGGAACAUUUGUUUAGCACUCUAAAGAUAUCUCCAGAUUCCUUUAAGAAAUGUGUGGAUCUAUUGGGAUCGAAAUACCACAGAGAGAAUCUCUACCACAACGUAAUUCAUGCUUUCGAUGUCACACACACAGUGUAUUUCUUUAUUGAGAAAUGCAAUUUCAAAGAAAUUGGCAAAUUGACCAAGUUAGAUUAUUCAAUACUGUUGCUCUCUGCAGCUGCCCAUGAUGUCGAUCAUCCAGGAUUGAAUAACAUCUUUUUGAACAAUACAAGACAUGAAUUGGCAAUGACUUACAAUGACAAAUCCUCGCUUGAACAACAUCAUGCUGCUACUCUAUUCAAGUAUAUACGAGAAACUGAACUGUUUACGAAUUUCUCAAUAUCGGAUUUCAAGUAUUUCAGAGAAAAGUCUAUAAGCAUGAUUUUGAGUACAGAUAAUGCAAUGCAUGGCAAAGGUAUGUCUGAGAAUGAGUUCUUUAUUAGAUUUCAAUAAAUUGAAGGCAAGAUUGGCCUCGAAUGACUUUGAUCCAGGAAGCAAAGAUAAAGGUAUUUGCUUUGAUACUUUGCUACAUGCGGCAGAUAUCAGCAACCCCUUCAAACCUAUGAAGAAUUAUGAGAAAUGGACUUUCCGAGUGUUGGGAGAGUUUUGGCAGUAGGGAGACAGGGAGAAGGAUAUGGGACUUCCAGUGACUAUGUUGUGUGAUAGAAGAACAACCAAUGUUGCAAAGAGCUAGAUCGGAUUUAUAGAUUUCAUGGUAUCUCUAUUUAAGUGAUCUAGGUAUUACCUUACUAUAAUACUCUUCAAUAGAUUCUACCUGUGUUAGCUGAGUUUAUGGAAUAGAUUUCAGAAAACAAAAGGUUUUGGGCUGAACAAAUUGAACACUAUUAAACCCUUCUAAACACAUAAUGA